GUUUAUUUCAAAGUUCGCUUAAGCUUAAUCCAAAUUGCUAACUAGAAGAUUUAUCUGUUAUCCUUUAUAAUGAUAAAUGAUACAAAUAAGAAUGCUUUAGCCCCAAAAGGUCUCCCUAGGGAGCAACAUCUGCCCAAUCAGAAAGUUGCAAAGCAAUGAGCCGGCAAAGUCUUCCUCCUUUCCUUACAAAUUUCCUAAUUUGUUUCCAUGCUCAACUGCUAUCCAUUUCUGAAUUCAAAACUUGGAAAAUGUGAAAUUUCAGGUAGAUUAUAAGAGUCCGCUUUCUGUGUCCAAAUCCUUAAAUUGAUUAUACUGAGAAGAGUGUUCUGUGGAUUUUGAAGCUUUCAAAGUCCAAUUCUCUUCAUCUUCUUUUAUUUCAAAAUGGCUGCCAUUGUUUCACCAUUACUACUAUCAGCCUCUUUCAGAAAGACCUAUCUCAGAUUUUUGCCCAAUCAUGUAAAAAACCUUAAUCUUUAUCCAUCCAUUGCUCAAAAGAAACAAUCUUUUGUCAAGUCAAAGCCAUUCUUGUCAUUUCAAACUGUUAAUUUUCCAAGCUGUAAUCCUUUAUCGGCUGCUCCCUUCACUACAACUAGAGCUUCUUCUUCACAUGGAUUUCUUAAUUCAGCUGAAGAUGAAGAGAUAUUGCCGUCCUUUGAGGAAAAGCCAGUUAAGUUUCUAUUUUGGGUCGUAUUUUGGGCAUCUGUUUCUCUUGCUUGGUUUGCAGUUUCUAGGGAUGCUAAUGCAGCUGUUGAUUCCAUCAAAGCUUCGAGCUUUGGGUUAAAGAUUGCUAAUUCUCUUCGAGGUCUAGGCUGGCCUGAUGAGGCUGUUGUGUUUGCUCUUGCUACACUUCCGGUGAUUGAGCUUCGCGGUGCUAUUCCUGUUGGUUACUGGAUGCAACUUAAGCCUCUGAUUUUAACAGUCUUAUCCGUUGCCGGGAAUAUGGUUCCUGUGCCUUUCAUUAUACUUUACUUGAAGAGAUUUGCCUCUUUUCUUGCUGGAAGGAACCAGUCAGCAUCUCGAUUCCUUGACAUGCUGUUUGAGAAUGCCAAACAGAAAGCUGACCCCGUGGAAGAGUUUCAGUGGCUUGGGCUGAUGCUUUUUGUAGCUGUUCCUUUCCCUGGAACUGGAGCAUGGACUGGUGCCAUCAUAGCUUCUAUUCUUGAUAUGCCAUUCUGGCCAGCUGUAUCAGCAAAUUUUCUUGGUGUUGUAUUGGCUGGACUCCUGGUAAAUUUACUGGUCAACCUUGGACUGAAGUAUGCCAUUAUUACGGGUAUUAUCCUCUUUUUGAUAUCCACUUUCAUGUGGAGUGUCCUUCGAAAUAUUAGGAAGUCUUUGAGCUCCUCAAAGUGAUGUCUGUCAGUAGAUCAGAUCACAAACACCUCUCAAGAGCAGUCAACUUACAGUUUAUAAUUGGUAGAUUCUGUCAUUUGGAAGUUGGUAGCACAGUUUGUUUCCAUAGGUUGCAACCUUUCAUUUAAUGCGGGGAGUUGAUUUUCACUGAUUGUACUGCAAAAGAUCUACUAAAUUACUCAGUUUUUUUUUAAUGUAAUUUCUCAGCCAUUUAGGUCUAUUUGAUGUUCUUGAGACAGGAAAGAUAUAAAAGUAACCAAUUCUCUACUAGGGAGAUUUUAGCUUCCAUGAAUUGAUGAUGCAAAUGCAAAUGUACCUCUUUUUGGAAAUCAAAUUUCUGGCCUUAUUUCUGCA